CCUCGCCUCUGGCUUCCGAUCCCACCCAUUCUCUGUACCACACGCAAAACCCAACCAACCCUCAAGCGAAUGAAGAAAUAGAGACUCCUAAGCUUGCCUAAGACAUACUUCGGUGCCCGAUCUCUGUGCCCAGAGCCCAGGGUCAGUCCUCGCUCCAUCUCUGAAUAGUCACUGAGUGACAUUAAGCAAAAUGGCACACAGACACACGCCCAACACAAUAUUCCUCUGAGACAUGAGAUCCUUUUUACAGGCGAGCAAAUUGCAAAAUGCGGCUUGGGAGACUUCAAGUAGCAUGCCAAUGAUACGAGCUCCCUCCAACUCGUCAACCUUGCUAUGUGUCCGACUUGCUGAUUAGAAUGAUGGUAUACGUGCAGCUCCCCCAGCAAACUCCCUCGGUGAAAGUCUGCUCUCUCCAACGCCCCCAUUUCUCUAAUCUCAAACUAGGUUACCUUUGCCCAUUCGCCAAGGGAGGAGCUAGCGAGGGGGGUGGAGUAAUUUUGAUGGACAGAUCGCGAACCAAUGGAAAAGCUAAAUGUACUAUACCCAAUGAGGACUCGGCCUAGGCGGGACUAAGGCUGGAGACGCGCCCCUGAUUGGACGGAGGUACAUGGCGAAUGGCGGAGACGCUGAGGAGGGUGCUAAACGGAAGCAGCACCGAUGGGCCCGGGGAGACCACGACAGCGGUCGGGCCACCUUUGCUGCUGCUCGGCGCUCCAAGCUCUGGGAAAACAGCGCUGCUAUUCGCGGCGGCCCUGGAAGCGGCAGGGGAAGGCCGAGGGCCCGUCCUCUUCCUCACUCGGAGGCCUCUUCAAAGCCUGCCCCGCGGGACUGGAGCGGCGCUCGACCCAAUGCGGCUCCAGAAAAUCCGCUUCCAGUACCCACCCUCAAUCCGAGAGCUGUUCCGGCUCCUGUGCUCUGCCCAUGAAGUCUCGGGGCCAGUCCCCUCCCUUCUGCUCCUGGACGGCUUGGAGGAGUACCUCCUGGAAGACCCAGGGCCGCAGGAAGCCGCCUACCUGGCUGCCCUGCUUCUGGACACAGCUGCCCACUUCAGCCACCGGCUUGGCGGCAGCGGGGACUGUGGGCUUAUGGUGGCCCUCCAGACCCAGGAAGAGGCGGACAGUGGGGAUGCCCUUCAGCUGUCACUGCUCCAGCGGUAUUUCCCUGCCCAGUGCUGGCUGCAGCCCAGUGCCCCAGGCCCACCUGGGCGUUGCUUCCGGGCCUGCCUGGAGCAAGGUGAGCAGGGCUCCAGGGCCGAGUGGCUGGUGACUUUUCAGCCAGAGGGAGAGAUGGCCAUUACCUCGUGGCCCACGCAGACUGGCGAUCCCAGCUCAGAAGAGGGUGCAAGCUCUGGAGGACCGCCCUGAGCUUGGGUGUCUGACAGCCUCUCUGUGCCUAGUUUCCCACCACUUACCUCAAGGACUUGUGCAGAUUCAAUAACCUACAGGCUGGAAAGUGCUUUUUCUUUUUUAAAAAAUAGCAUUAUCAUGUACAUAGCAUGCCCACUCGGCAUGUUUAGUUUUGCAGUUUUGAAUUUCAUAAAGAGUCUCAUGGUUA